AGUUACCCAUACUUGUCCUUGACUUUCAAAAUUCCCUAACAACAUCCCUGACAUUCAGCUCCGGGACCCAUAGUUGCCCUGCAACCCUUUCCGGCGCCAAGUCAGCAAACGGAGGGAUGAUCUGGCACCUCCAAUGCCACGCUGGAGCCAGCAACGGCUAGCUGACGUGGCAAAUCUGAAUUUUGUACCCAAUCUGGUCCCUGGUCCCAUUAAAACCCUAAAAGCUAAGAUCAUCUUCUUCAUCGCCUGAGCUUCAAACUGCUGCUGCUGAUUCCUUCUCAGAUCAUCCUCUUCAUCGCCUCCAGCUCCAGGUAAUAACACAUACAGAUCACAUGCCUUCCAUUUCGAUCUGCCAUUUCUCUGUUUCCUGAUUGCUAGCUGCUGCUACCAUAAUAUGAAUGUAACUUGGCUAAAUUUCAGUUUCCUCUAAAACUGUAAUCACUCAAUACUAAAAACUAUAAGCUGCCGCUGCUUUUGUCAGUUUGCAAUUGUUUGAUGUAGCAUUGCAUUGUGUUACUUACUGUAGACAUGUGCUGCAAAUGCAAAUGAAAAAGGUGACAAUGCUUCCUUGAUUCCUCACUCCAGACGGCCUGCACUCCCCUCUCUGCAAAUACCCCCAUGGUCAUUAGAUGCCGCAUUAUCUUCUUUCGCAAAGAUGGAUGGUCCUUCCACAUCCACCUACUUUAAGGACCCUCUCUCUUAAUGGUAAAGGUUCAUUCUCUCCAUUGUCAAAGGUUGCCCACUCAUUACCGGUUACUCCAAUCGCAUCUUUGGGUCAAGAAAGUGUACAUGGCAAACAUCUGGGAUGUGCUUCUGAUUUAAAUACAAUGGUUGUCAAGCAGCAUAUAACUCGAUCACUUUCGGUUCCAGUUGAUGCCAAAGCCAGCAAAUUAAGGUGCACUCAGUCUAGGGUCUUGAUUCGUAUCAUUUCAGCCAGGCGGCAUCUUGCAACUGUUGAUGGAACUUCAACUGGUGAUUCUUCAGUCAUGGAGAUUACUAUUGAGGAUACUACAGCAGAUAUUCCAGAGGAAGAAGCAGUUUGUAGGAUUUGUUUGGCAGAGCUCGGGGAAGGAGAAAAUACUCUUAAGAUGGAAUGCAAUUGUAAAGGUGAUCUUGCACUUGCUCAUCAAGACUGUGCAGCAAAGUGGUUUAGUAUUAAGGGCAACAGGACUUGCGAUGUCUGCAAGCAGGAUGUUCAAAACCUCCCGGUAACACUAUUGAAAAUUUAUGAUCGCAAACUCCCUGCCAGACAGCCACCAAAUGUGCCACAACCAAGGGAAAUAGCUUAUUACCAAAUGGUUCCUGAAGGAGAGAAGAAGAGAUACUAG